AUGACAAGCGCUUUGGUGACUUCUCAGUUACCAAAUCUGGCAGCACCAUCUACUAUUGGAAGUUGGGCUGAAGCUGUUGAGCAAGCAACUUCUUUUCGUCAAGAAACAACAAAAGAUGGCAUCAAAACUGUCACAGACAAUAUAACUGAUGAAACUGGAAAAUAUAAAGUUAUAACAACCUUCAAAGUUAUUACGAAAAAAGUACCAAGGCCUGUGGCUGAAAGAAAAAAAUGGGUGAAAUUUGGUGCUUGUAAGAAUGACGGUCCUGGUCCGCAUGUAUCAACAACAUAUGUUGCAGAAGAAGUUAAAAUGCAGUUUAUUCGAAAUCGUUAUGGAGAACAGCAACUUGAUGUGGGUGAAGAGGGACCGAAAGUGAAUUCUGUUAUGGGUUCUUCAUUUACCCACUGUCGUUACUGCAAGGCAGAUGACCACUGGUCUGUGAGUUGUCCAUAUAAAUCGAUGUAUGCAAGAGAAGAUACCGAUGACACCGAAGGAAAGGAGAAGGAUUCGAAAUCGGGGUUGACUCCAACAGCUGGUUCUGGAGGUAAGUACGUGGCGCCAGGCAUGCGGGGUGAUCGUUCCGCCGGAACUGGUGAACGGCGUUCAGAAGAGAACACAUGUAGAGUGACUAACCUUCCUGAGGAAUGUGAUGAAACGGAAUUGCGGGCAUUAUUUUCGCAAGCUGGUAGUGUUAUCCGAGUAUUUAUUGCAAAAGACAAGCAUACGAAUAAACCGAAAGGUUUCGCUUUUGUGACUUUUGAAUUGAGAAGUCAAGCAGAAGCUGCAAUUCAAAAACUAAAUGGCUAUAAACUUGAUCAUCUUGUGUUAAAAGUUGAAUGGACAAGGCGAUGUAGUGGGUUUAGAGAGAAUAGAUGCAACUCGAUUUGGGGGAAGUUUUGGAUGGGGUUGCUAACAAUUAUUCGAAAGCAGCGAUUAAAAGAAAAGGAAUUAAGAGUACUUAUUCUCGGUUUGGAUAACGGAGGCAAGACAACAAUACUCAAAAAAUUGAAUGGUGAAGAUAUUUAUGAAGUUUCACCUACUCUUGGUUUUAACAUCAAAACCUUGGAAUACAAAUAUUAUAAGUUAAAUAUGUGGGAUGUUGGUGGGCAAAAAAGUUUGCGUUCAUACUGGAGAAAUUAUUUUGAACAAACGGAUGGUAUUAUUUGGGUUGUGGAUUCAGCAGAUUUUGAUCGUGUUGAUGAUUGCAAACGUGAACUUUCCACUUUAUUGCAGGAAGAACGUUUAUGUGGUGCAUCAUUACUUAUUUUGGCCAAUAAGCAAGAUCUACCAUCUGGAGCAAAAUCAGAAGAAAUUAAAGAGCUGUUAGAAUUGCGUAAUCUGAAGUCACAUCAUUGGAAUAUUUUUCCAUGUAGUGCAGUGACUGGACAAAAUUUGGUUGAAGCUAUCGAUUGGCUAUGUUCAGAUAUUUCUUCGCGACUAUUUAUGAUUGACUGA